AUGGUGAAGGCCUAUCUCCGGUAUGAGCCGGCGGCUUCUUUUGGGGUUAUAGUAUCCGGGGAAUCAAACAUUGCCUAUGACAGCUCCGGCAAACACUUGCUAGCGGCGGCGUUAGAGAAAAUCGGUAUAUGGCAUGUGAGGCAGGGUCUUUGCACUAAAACCCUAGCCCCUUUACCUUCAUCAAACUCAAAAGGCCCCUCUCUUGCCGUUACAUCAAUUGCUUCCUCUUCUUCAUCCCACGUGCACCACUCGGUUAUAUAUGAUGUUCUCUUAGCUGCUAAUUAUCUUGAUGAUAAGGAGUUGGUAGAUGUAAUGAUCCAAGAAGUUGCUGAUAGGAUCAAAGGGAGAACCCCAGAGGAAAUACGUGAAGAAUUUGAUAUCAAGAAUGAUUUUACUCCAGAGGAAAGAGGAGAAGAUUCGUGA